GAGUGGGCAGCUGUCAGCAUGAGCUGGUGCCUGUGAGCGAUGCUGAGCUCACACUCGUCUGUGCUGCUGCUGCUGUUGGUGCUGACGGCUGCGGCAGCGGCCGGUGCUGCCGGCGCGGCGGCUGCGACGCCCGCCGUCGACAGGCUGCGCAGGCGGAUCCUGGCGGGGCUCGGCCUGGACGCCGUGCCCGACGUCACCAAGAUGAACGUGAGCCGGGAGGAGUACGAACACAUGUACGGCGUGUACCUGCGUACCGUCGAGGAGAACCGUCGUACGCGGCGGGGGCGGCAGGCGGCGGCGGAGGUCGCGCCGGGCGCGCUGCAGCUCCUCACCUACACCAGUUCCGAUGGCAGCGACGUGCAGCCCCCCGUGCGUCGCUGGCGCCACCAGCGCAGGCGGAGGGUGUCGCCGUCCGAGGCGUGGCUGCAGUUCUCGCUGCCGGAGCGGCACACAGCUGUGGUGUCGCACGCGUCGCUGCACGUGCUGCUGCGGGCCGCGGAGUCGCCUGCCGCCGACGGGCAGCCGGUGACGGUGCGCGCCUACCAGCUGGCGCCGUCGCUGCGCCGCCGCCGCCUGCUCGACGAGCGCCGCGUCCACCUGGCGGCCGACGCGCCCAAGUGGGCCGACUUCGACGUGACGCACGCCGCCGCCUCGUGGCUCGAGGUCGGCGAGAGCGACGCGCGGCUGCAGCUCGAGUGCGCCGGCUGCGCGCAACGCAACCUCACGUUCGGGGUGCUCCGAGGCGACGCGCCCGCGCUCCACAUCCUCGCCGAAGUCUUCCCCGACGGGGCGUCGGCGCGCCACAAGCGCAACGUCGUCGAGUACGAGAAGGUCAACUUCCGGCAGGUGAAGUGCCGCAAAGAGAAGCCGCGUUGCUGCAGGCACAUUAUGCCUGUCGUUUUCAAGGACAUCGGAUUCGAAUUCAUCCGCCAGCCGCUCACUUUCGAUUUGGGCUACUGCAAAGGGAGGUGCCCGCGCGAGUUCAAUCCAGUGAACAACCACGCUUUCUUUCAGUCGAUUCUCUGGUCGAAAGUGAAACACGAUAACAAGUACGGUGUGCCGCGGCCGUGCUGCGCGCCCAAAAGACUCGAACCUUUGGAGAUCUUGCACUUGGACGAGCACGAUCCUAAGAAACUGAAGCGCGUAGUUUGGGACGAUAUGAGAGUGAUCGAGUGCGCGUGCGCGUGAACGAACCGGCGCUGGCGCCAGCGACUGAAGCUCACACUGCUCUGUGUUGUAGUAGUGAUUCUUACCAAAGAUUUCAUUUUGUGGAUACGUUCGUUUGAUGCUCUUUGUUUUCAGAAACGAAUUAUGUCGAUACGGGUUGUAAUUUACUGUAUGUUUUUUUAACAAUUUUUGUAUCGUACGAUAAUGUAUUAGUUACG